AUGUCUUCUUUCCUUAAUUUACAUAAAUGGCCUUCCUCUGCAAGCAUUUAUUGCUUUCCACUGACGAUGUUAAACUUUGGGGAGAAUUUUGCAACUGAGAUGAUAAGGAACAUAUUCACGAAGGCUAUAAGAGAUGACAGGCUUCAGUGCCAGACAAAGCCUCUGGAAAAAUUUGUCUCUAAUCCGAAAAGCUUAUUCCGUUAUGCAGCCUCUCUUCGUCAAGCCAAAACCGGAGUUUCCCAAAUGCUAGGCCUUAACGGCCCGACCAGUAACGACGGCGACGCCGCUAACCUUUUGGCUGAACAAUACUCCCGAACAAUUCGACCGACUCACAUCAACUAUACUGAGGACGGCUUCAUUUGCAACUGCACAGGACUUUCCGUAGUGAACCUGAGCGCUGACUUGGUGUUCCAGAGACUGCAGCAUCUAAGAAAAGACAUUUCUCCUGACCUAGAUAUGGUCCAUUCUGCUAUACUGAGGGAAGCAGCCUCAAUCCUGGCAACGCCGCUUAACGUGAUGUUCUCACACUCGCUAAGCCGAGGCAAACUACGGGAAAACUGGAAGUUGGCUCACAUUACACCAUCUCUGAUAUGCGAUGGUAUAAAUGACUAUUUACUGUCCUUACAUUUCUCCUCACCCCAACAGCAUGAUUUCAGGAAGGGUUACUCUUGUAUAACCAACGUGAUGACUGCGGUGGACAGAUGGACAAGCAUCCUCGAUCGCGAGGCGAAGGUUGAUAUCAUUUACCUUGAUUUCUCAAAAGCUUUUGAUAGGGUUAAUCAUAUAUGUCUUAUCAAUAAGCUCAUACGAUUGGGUAUCGGACCACCUCUAAUCGAUUGGCUCACUUUAUAUCUGAAAAAUCGACCUUUUAAAGUCAGGGUUAACUUCACUUUAUCUCAGAGUCCCCCAAGGCUCAAUACUAGGACCUCUUAUCUUCUUGUUUACGCAAAUGAUCUUCCUCAACAGGUAGCGUCAAACUUAUUACUUUUUGCCGACGACGUGAAACUUUGGAGAGAGAUACGCAAUCAAGACGAUACACAGGCACUUCAGGAGGAUCUGACUCGACUUCAAAUUUGGGCAGAUAAUAAUGGACUUACCUUUAACACUUCAAAGUGUAAAGUAGUCUAUCUGCGACAUGUCGCAGACUAUCGUUACAACUUAGGAACCUCCUCUCUAGUAGUAUCCCAAGUCGAAAAAGAUUUAGGAGUCCUGGUGCCCUACGAUUUAAAGUCUUACGCUAACUGUGACAAAAAACGCCUUUUAAGCAAACCUUGCACUGAGUAUAGGCGUCUUAGAGGUGACCUUCUAAUGGCUUACAGUACCCUUAACAUUUCUGGACAUCCUCUUAAACACCUACUUAAGCUUAGUCCCAACACCAACCUAAGGGGUAACACCCAGAAAUUGGGGACAGAACUCUACCUACAGUCAGUAACUACUGAGCGGCUUUUCUGUUUAGAACGUUACGCCUUGGUGUCGUCGCUGUCUGUACUCUGGAACAUGGAUUUUCAGUCAAAAAUUUCCAAACCUAUUGAUAGAGUUCAGGUCGAAGGAAAGGUGUUCUUAAAAAUGAUCAAGCACUAUGAAGAAGAAUCUGUAUCUAGCCAAAAUUUUGUCAAUGGUGUAUUGUUAGGGCUUGCACAAGGCAGCCAACUUGAAAUCACGAAUUGCUUCCCAUUACCUAAGACUCAAGAAGAUGACCCAAACGCCAACGAGGCUCUGGUCACUUAUGAAGCUAAUAUGAUACGUAAUUUGAGACAACUACAAACAGAUUACCUCAAUGUAGGAUUUUAUCAAGCUGGUCCUGGAGGCGUCUCUAUUAACCGUGCUAACAUUGAAAACAUUUAUCAACGCCAAAUUAAUCUCCCUGAAUCUGUGUUGCUCACUUAUGACCCAACAAGAACUAGCAGAGGUCAAAUUGGUCUGAAAGCGUAUCGUCUGUCUGACGAUGUUCUUGCUGCAAGAUCCGAAGCGGAAGAUCGUUUUCGUCUGAUGGGCCACAAGGGUCCCGAGGUCCCAUGGGAAUGUGAAGCGGCAAGCAGUGUAGGUCGCAGCAGUUUCACUCGUGUUCUAGAAGAGAUACCGGUUGUGAUUCAUAAUUCACAUCUCGUAAACAUCCUUUUGACUGAAAUCGUUGAUAAUCAAGAACUGUCGCGAUCGGAGCUUUCUACAAAUUCAUCAAUGCUAGAUCUGGCCCCACCGCUUCCAAAAGACCAUCCUGGUCGUUAUUCUACUCUCAAUUUAAGCAUGGCCUCUAGUUUGGAACAACAACUACGUUCUCUUCUUGCGGGUUUAGAAACAGUACAUGAUUACCAGUAUUCAUAUCAACGUAGUCUAUCAAAAUCUCAAACUACGGUAGCUGGCAAGACUGCAACUGAAACACGUAAUCGGGAGUUGGCUCCAAUCCGUUUGGACACUGCGUUGGUUUCAGCUCAGCUUGAUUUCUACUGCAACAGUCUUGCUCAGAUGGCAGGUCAAACAAUAGGCAAAUUGAUGUUAACACAAGCUGUACAAAAAACAAAUUCAUCCGGAGCUCCUAAAUCUCAAAAAAUCUAA